CUUUUUUCCCGCUAGGUAAAUGUUUUAUUCCGGAAACAGAAGAGAAGGGACGUAAGCAGAAAUAAUGUGGCGCGCUGUUAAGUCUGCAGCGGUGUUGUGUCUGGACGUGGGGUUCUCCAUGAGUAACUCCGCUCCAGGGGAAGAACCUCCUUUCGAACAAGCCAAGAAGGUCAUUCAGAUGUUUGUACAGCGCCAGGUGUUUGCAGAGAACAAGGAUGAGCUUGCCCUGGUACUGUUUGGGUCGGAUGAGACCAAGAACGCACUGGCCUCUGACGACCAAUACCAGAACAUCUUUGUGCAUAGACAUCUCAUGCUGCCAGACUUUGACCUGCUGGAGGAGAUCCAGAAUAAUAUCCAGCCAGGAGCCCAGCAGACUGACUUUCUUGAUGCACUGGUUGUUUGUAUGGACCUUCUACAGAAAGAAACCCUUGGGAAGAAGUAUGAAAAGCUGCACAUUGCCGUGUUCACAGACCUGUGCAGCCCUUAUAGCUCCGACCAAGUCGACAUUAUUGUAGACAAUUUAAAGAAAGGAGGAAUCUCCCUGCAGUUCUUCUUGCCUUUCCCCUUGGACGUGGAAGAGGAGAGCGGAGGUCGUGGGGAUGCUGCUGCUGGGCCAGGACAGCCCCCGUACUCCAGGAAGGGGCUCACACAGGAGCAGAAGGAAGGCUUGGAGAUGGUCAGGAAGGUGAUGACCUCUCUGGAUGAAGAGGAAGGGUUGGAUGAGAUCCACACAUUCAGCGAGUCAAUGGAGCAGCUGUCCAUCUUUAAGAAAAUCGAGAGGAGGCCCAUGGCGUGGCCCUGCCAGCUCACCAUCGGCUCUUCACUGACCAUUCGCAUCAUCGGAUACAAGGCGGUGACAGAGGAGAAGGUCAAGAAGUCCUGGGCAGUGGUGGACGCUAGGACGCAGCGGAAAGAAGAUGUGCAGAGAGAGACCGUCUUCUGCCUCAACGAUGACAAUGAGACUGAGGUUCCUAAGGAUGACACCAUUCAGGGGUUCCGCUAUGGCAGCGACAUCGUCCCCUUCUCCAAGGUUGACCAGGAACAGAUGAAGUACAAAUCAGAUGGAAAGUGCUUCUCUGUGCUGGGCUUUACAAAGCAAAGUCAGGUAAUGCGGCAGCACUUCAUGGGCAACCAGGUGAUCAAGGUGUUCGCUGCAAGGGAUGACGAGCAUGCUGCAGUGGCUCUCUCGUCCCUUAUCCAUGCCCUAGAAGAGCUGGAGAUGGUAGCCAUCAUUCGCUACGCAUACGACAAACGCAGUAACCCCCAGGUCGGGGCGGCAUUCCCCUGCAUCCAGGACAAGUACGAGUGCUUGAUGUACGUACAGCUGCCUUACAUGGAGGAUCUCAGGCAGUUUACAUUCUCUUCACUUCAGAACAACAAGAAAUUCAUCCCUUCAGGGGAGCAGCUGGCUGCAGUGGACUCACUGAUUGACUCUAUGAUGCUGGUGGAGGGGGAGGAGGUGGAGGAUCUGUUUGAAGUCAGCAGUAUCCCAAACCCGCAGUUCCAGAGGCUCUUCCAGUGUCUGCAUCACCGGGCUCUGAACCCCUCAGCUCCCCUGCCCCCUCCCGAGCCCUGGCUGAAAGGGAUGCUGGAGAGACCGCAGGAGGUGACGGCCCGCUGCAAAGCUCCCCUCCAGCAGCUCCGCCAGCGCUUCCCCCUGCAGGAGGCGGUCCGUAAGAAGGAGCAGAAGACUGCCCAGGACAUCUUCGGAGAUGUCACUGAAGAGGAGCCAAGCUCGAAGAAGGCUCGUCAGGAUUUGGAUGAAAAGUUCAGCCUUGCCGGACUCGCAGAAGGCGCUGUUACAGCUGUGGGUAGUGUUGAUCCAGCCAAAGAUUUCCGCAUUCUCAUUAGAUUGAAGAGCCUUCCCUUCAGCCAAGUGUGUCAGCAGCUAACCAGCAGGGUUGACCAGCUCCUUGGCACCAAAGGCACACAGUAUUACAUGAAGAGCAUCUCCUGUAUCCAAGCCUUCCGUGAGGAAUCCUGCAAGGCUGGCGAUGUGGAGCCAUACAACAGCUACCUUCAGACACUGAAGAAGAGUGUCCAGGAGAGAGCGCUGCAGGACUUUUGGGAGCUCAUUGUGCAAGAUGAAAUCACCCUAAUCAGCAAGGACGAGGUGGAAGGCAGUCCAGUGUCCAAAAUGGAAGCCAAUCAGUUCCUGGCUCCAGAGCAGAAGCCAGAUGAGCAGACAGCUCCCCCUGCUGACGAUGGAGGGGAUGUGGAUGACUUGCUGGAUAUGAUGUGAGUCGGAGCACGGCUUCAGAGAAAGACAGAGCAGAGAGGUGGGCACCUCGGGAGACAGCCAGGGGACCAAACACUGCAUAGAGGGGGCGUGUUCGACUGUCAGGAUUGCACCACUGCUCGUCUUUGCAUCUUCUUUGCUUUCCUAUUGUUGUUUUUUUGGUAAAUAUCUGAUUCUUUUGUUUGUCAAACACACAGCAUCAGUAGCAGUGUCACAUCGGAGUAGUGGGUUUGUUCAGAUUGCAACUUUGUUGUGUCUUUAUAACCUUCAAGAAGGGGAGGUGUUGAAAAUGUCAUCCUACUGGCACGGCAGGUUUCCUGUCUCUGCCUGUCACGCUGGGUUCAGUUUCUCAACUCUUGUUAUUGGCUGGAAUCUGAUUUUACUCUAUAGUGUGCCUAUGUUUAGCCUGUAGUCUGGGAGAAGUUGUUGCUACUGCUACUCUAGCCAGCAGAGGGAGCUGUAGGGCACAAUUAGAUUGUCCAAUGUGGAUAAUAAAAACCAGAGGUCCCCGUGGAGCAGGGAUGAGAAUGAAGACAGACUAUAUGGGAUAGUAAUGCUGGAGUAGCAGUAGCACUGAGGCAGAGGCAGGUAUUGAAUAUUAAAAUAAUAAUAAUAAUGGCAUUCGGAUGUGACGCUUGCCUGUAUGAAUACUGUUUUUUCAAAAUUAUAAAAAAAUGCAUACUGUAAUUAAAACUGUGCUCUAAACCUUUGA